AGCUGCUUGCACUCAUCAUCUCUAUUAAUAACUGACCUCCCUCCCCCACUGCCAGUGCUGCCCCCACACCGAUCCAGCUCAGGUUCUCUGGUCACAGCAACUCAGUCCUCCUAAGCUGCUGGACCCCAGGGAGAGCUGACCUCUGCUUGAGCAGCCGGCUGCUGAAUCUGCCUCCACAAUGCCACUCUCAGGCACCCCAGCUCCCAACAAGAAGAGGAAAUCCAGCAAGCUGAUCAUGGAGCUCACUGGAGGUGGACAGGAGAGCUCAGGCUUGAAUCUGGGCAAGAAGAUCAGUGUCCCAAGAGAUGUGAUGUUGGAAGAGCUGUCCUUACUCACUAAUAGAGGCUCUAAGAUGUUCAAACUUCGGCAGAUGCGAGUGGAGAAAUUUAUCUAUGAAAAUCAUCCUGAUGUCUUCUCUGACAGCUCUAUGGAUCACUUCCAGAAGUUCCUUCCUACAGUGGGGGGACAGCUGGGCACAGCUGGACAGGGAUAUUCUUACAGCAAGGGCAGUGGUGGAAUCCAGGCAGGGGGAAGUGGCUCUUCUGGACAGUAUGGUUCUGACCAGCAGCACCAUCAGGGUUCUGGAUCUGGAUCUGGGGGUGCAGGUGGUCCUGGUGGCCAGACUGGAAGAGGAGGAGCUUCUGGCACAGCAGGGGGUGGUGAGCCAGGAACAGGAGACCAGGCUGGUGGAGAAGGAAAACAUAUCACUGUGUUCAAGACCUACAUUUCCCCAUGGGAGAGAGCCAUGGGAGUUGACACCCAGCAAAAAAAAGAAUUUGGCAUUGACCUGCUGGCCUAUGGAGCCAAAGCUGAACUCCCCCAAUAUAAGUCCUUCAACAGGACGGCCAUGCCCUAUGGUGGAUAUGAGAAGGCCUCAAAACGCAUGACCUUCCAGAUGCCGAAGUUUGAUCUGGGGCCUCUGCUAAGUGAACCUCUGGUCCUCUAUAACCAGAACCUCUCCAACAGACCUUCUUUUAAUAGAACCCCUAUCCCCUGGCUGAGUUCUGGGGAGCCUGUAGACUACAACGUGGAUAUUGGCAUCCCCUUGGAUGGGGAAACUGAGGAACUGUGAGGCAUUUACUCCCGUACUUUGUAUCAAAUUUCCCUUCUCUACUUCUAGCUGGGAAAGGGAGAGCUGAGCAGGAUACCCCCACUGUAAAUCCAGUAUUCUUGUGGGAAUAGAAGAGAAGGGAGGCUGAGAUCUACCUUUCUAGCCUUCAUGUCAAGUCUCCACUCCAAGCAUCUUUCCUUAUCAACUCAGGGCUUCUUUCCACUUGUGUUGUAUGGGGACUGCUCUUUUAUUGAAUUUGUUCUGUAAAUGCUAACAGCUAAUAAACUUUAAGGAAAUAAACUUA